CUGAUAGCCGUUGUUGUCCUGAGGCUGUGGAGAACCGUGAGAGGAGGAAGGCAGAACAGAAGAAGCCUCUGCUGAGCCGAAUAUCGGGGUUUAAAGUGUCACCAUGUCUCGGGGAUCCAUCGAAAUCCCCCUGAGGGACACGGAUGAGGUUAUUGAGCUUGAUUUUGAUCAGCUUCCUGAAGGAGAUGAAGUCAUCAGUAUCCUUAAACAGGAGCACACACAGUUGCACAUAUGGAUUGCACUUGCUCUGGAGUACUACAAACAGGGGAAGACGGAGGACUUCGUGAAGCUGCUGGAAGCAGCUCGCAUCGACGGAAACCUCGACUACAGAGACCAUGAGAAAGACCAGAUGACCUGUCUGGACACUUUAGCCGCUUACUAUGUGCAACAGGCACGCAAAGAGAAGAACAAAGAUGCAAAGAAGGACCUCAUCAACCAGUCCACCCUUCUGUACACCAUGGCAGACAAGAUCAUCAUGUAUGAUCAGAACCACUUGCUGGGGAGAGCCUGCUUUUGCCUGUUAGAAGGGGAUAAAAUGGAUCAGGCAGAUGCCCAGUUUCAUUUUGUCUUGAACCAGUCCACAAACAACAUCCCUGCACUGUUGGGUAAGGCUUGCAUUUCCUUCAACAAAAAAGAUUACAGAGGAGCUUUGGCCUACUAUAAAAAAGCGCUACGCACAAACCCAGGUUGUCCAGCUGAAGUGAGGCUUGGAAUGGGCCACUGCUUUGUGAAGCUCAACAAACUGGAGAAAGCUCGUCUGGCUUUCAGCCGUGCCCUAGAGCUCAACUCGAAGUGUGUGGGGGCUCUGGUGGGUCUGGCUGUCCUAGAGCUCAACAACAAAGAGGCUGACUCCAUCAAGAAUGGAGUGCAGCUGCUCUCUAGAGCAUACACCAUUGACCCCAGCAACCCCAUGGUGCUCAAUCACCUUGCAAACCACUUUUUCUUCAAAAAGGACUAUAGCAAAGUACAGCACUUGGCUCUUCAUGCAUUUCACAACACUGAGGUAGAGGCCAUGCAAGCAGAAAGCUGUUAUCAGUUAGCCCGCUCUUUCCAUGUUCAGGAGGACUACGACCAGGCUUUUCAGUACUACUACCAGGCCACCCAGUUUGCCUCUUCCACCUUCGUCUUGCCAUUCUUCGGCCUGGGCCAGAUGUAUGUGUAUCGCAGAGACAAAGAAAACGCAGCUCAGUGCUUUGAGAAGGUCUUGAAGGCUUACCCCAAUAACUACGAAACCAUGAAAAUCCUCGGGUCCCUUUAUGCCGCCUCAGAUGAUCAGGAGAAAAGAGACAUUGCCAAAGGCCAUCUGAAGAAAGUCACUGAGCAGUAUCCUGAUGAUGUAGAAGCUUGGAUUGAGCUCGCACAGAUUCUUGAACAGACAGACAUUCAGGGUGCUCUGUCUGCAUAUGGCACAGCCACAAGAAUCCUCCAGGAGAAGGUGCAAGCUGAUGUGCCUCCUGAGAUCCUCAACAAUCUGGGGGCUUUGCACUUCAGACUGGGGAAUCUUGGGGAAGCAAAGAAAUACUUCUUGGCUUCUCUGGAGAGGGCCAAAGCUGAGGGCGAACAUGACGAGCACUACUAUAAUGCCAUUUCCGUCACCACAUCUUACAACCUGGCCCGACUCUAUGAGGCAAUGUGUGAGUUCCACGAGGCUGAGAAGCUAUAUAAGAACAUCCUGAGGGAACAUCCUAACUACGUGGACUGUUACUUGCGUCUUGGAGCCAUGGCCCGUGACAAAGGCAACUUCUAUGAAGCCUCAGACUGGUUCAAAGAAGCUCUUCAGAUCAACCAGGAUCACCCGGAUGCUUGGUCCCUGAUUGGAAAUCUCCACUUGGCCAAGCAGGAGUGGGGUCCAGGCCAGAAGAAGUUUGAACGCAUCCUGAAGCAGCCGUCCACUCAGAACGAUACCUAUUCCAUGCUGGCGCUGGGCAAUGUUUGGCUUCAGACGCUGCACCAGCCCACAAGGGAUCGGGAAAAGGAAAAGAGACAUCAGGAUAGAGCUCUAGCGAUUUAUAAGCAGGUCCUGAGGAAUGAUUCCAAGAAUCUAUAUGCUGCCAAUGGCAUAGGGGCUGUUUUGGCCCACAAGGGCUAUUUCCGUGAGGCACGUGAUGUAUUCGCCCAAGUCAGGGAGGCAACUGCUGAUAUCAGUGAUGUCUGGCUGAACUUGGCACACAUUUACGUGGAGCAGAAACAGUACAUCAGUGCUGUGCAGAUGUACGAGAACUGCCUGAAGAAGUUCUAUAAGUACCAGAACACAGAAGUGUUACUUUAUCUCGCGCGAGCGCUCUUUAAGUGUGGAAAGCUGCAGGAGUGUAAACAGAUGUUGCUGAGGGCUCGCCAUGUGGCCCCCAGCGACACGGUGUUGAUGUUCAACGUGGCUCUAGUGCUGCAGAGGUUGGCCACACUGGUGUUGAAGGAUGAGAAGAGCAACCUGAAAGCUGUGCUGAGUGCGGUGAAGGAGCUGGAGCUGGCCCACAGGUACUUCAGCUAUCUCAGUAAGGCAGGAGACAAGAUGAGGUUCGACCUAGCACUUGCAUCGAGUGAAGCAAGGCAGUGCUCUGACUUGCUAAGCCAGGCACAGUACCAUGUGGCUCGGGCCCGUAAGCAGGACGAGGAAGAGAAGGAGCUGCGGGCAAAGCAGGACCAGGAGCGGGAAUUACUGAGGCAGCAGAUGCAGCGUGAACAGGAGGAGAAGAAGGUCAAAGAGGCCGAGGAGCAGAAGAAGCUGCAGGAGCAGAGAGCUCAGUUUGUGGAGAAGACCAAGAACCUCCUCUCCUUCACUGAAGAAGUAAAAGAGUCUGCAAAAGAGAAGAAGAAGGGAGGCGGUGGGCGGCGCAAGAAAGGAGCAGACUAUGAUGACUUUGUUAACGAUGACUCUGAUGAAGAUCUGCCUGUGAAGAAGAAGAAAAAGAAGAAGCCUCGCAGUGGCAGCGAACAGGAGGAAGAAGGCGAAGAGGGUGAGAAGAAACCACGCAAGAAAAGGAGGAGACCAGCUAAGGGUGGAGAUGAGGAGAGUGAUGAGGAAGGAGGCUCAAGACCUAAGAAACAGCGUAAACCCAGAGAGCGCAAGAGGAUUGAGAAGCCCAAACCUGAGCGCAUGCCACCGUCUCUUAAAGGGAAGAUCAAAUCUAAAGCUAUUAUUUCCUCCUCGGAGUCCUCGUCUGAUGAGGAUGGCCUGAAAAUCGCAGAGGAUAGGAACCCACAGGACAGUGGUUCCGGCUCGGACGACGGAGGCCACCGGAAGCGCAUCGCUUCCGACAGCGAGUCGGACGGAGAGCGAAACCGUUCGGGCAGCGAGGGCGGCAGCCCCCGGCGCUCUGCAAACUCUGAUGAAGACGAGUCCGGCAGCGAGCGGCCAGUGAAGAGGAAGAGACCACGGCCGCAGUCAGACUCGGAGCAGUCGGACAACGAGAGCAAGAGGAGCCGGUCAGAGGGAUCAGAGGACGAGUCUCGGCCUGCGUCUCCAGCAGCAGUGUCGGAUCAGGGCUCGGACAACGAGGGAUCACCGCAGCGGUCAGACAACGAGUCCGAACCUGAGGGAUCCAACAACGAGGCCUCCAAUCGAGGCUCUGAUGAUGAAAGUGACUAAGUUUGUUGAUACAGAAGAAAUAAAUGCGCGUUGGUCCGUGACGUGAGUCCUGGAGGUGUUUCUCAAAGCAGGGUUUCACAGUUAGCUGGAUCAUUUAAGCAAGAGUUGCCCAGUAGAAACAUCCCUCAUCUCCACUCCUAUUGGUUGCUUGAUUUUGGGCUUAAUUUUUCUGGCUAACGGAGAAAAUCUUCCUUUGUUAAAUAGUCCCAUGUGAGUGAGUCAUUGUCAUUUUUUUUUCACCUCUACCACCUUAGCUGUUAUGACUGUCUUCUCUUUGUUUUUGACGCAAUUUGAUGCUUUAGUGACUUUUCUUCAGAGUAGCUGGUCAUUUAUUAUUUUGGUGGGGGGAGAAAGAAUCACUUUGUUUUGAGUAAAACUGCAAAACCUACAGAACAAUCCCAGUUGUGCUUCUCAUCACUUGGUGCAUAUAUCGAAGUAAACCAGGUUGGUGCACAAAUAUUUGGAAUAAAGAAUCCAGUACAAGAUGUACAUUUAUAAACUGUGUUGGAAUAAUAAAGAAAAAAAUACAUUUUUCA